GGGAAGAAAGCCUUUAAAAUGAAGAGAGAGGCUCAGGUCAAGUUUCACGUCCUCCUGACGUCCUACGAGCUGGUCACCAUCGACCAGGCUGCCUUGGCCUCCAUCCGGUGGGCCUGCCUUGUGGUCGAUGAAGCUCACCGGCUCAAAAACAACCAGUCCAAGUUCUUCAGGGUGCUCAACGGUUACAAGAUCGACCACAAGCUGCUCCUGACGGGGACACCUUUGCAAAACAACCUGGAGGAGCUCUUCCACCUGCUGAACUUCCUCACACCUGAGAGAUUCAACAACCUGGAAGGAUUCCUGGAGGAAUUUGCAGACAUCUCCAAGGAGGAUCAAAUUAAGAAACUCCACGACCUCCUCGGUCCUCACAUGUUACGUCGCCUCAAAGCCGACGUCUUCAAGAACAUGCCGGCCAAGACGGAGCUGAUCGUUCGGGUGGAGCUCAGCCCCAUGCAGAAGUACGGGGCAACGUUUGGGGUGGUGGUGGUGUCAAA